AUGUGGAUCAGAGGAUUCUUUCAUUUUGUUCCUCCCACUCUAGUUUCUUUUUUUCUCACUAAAACUAUCAUCAACAAACCAGUGACAACAAAAAGAAAAUGGUUGGAGAUUGAACAAGGAAGAGGAGGAACACUUGGUGAUUCUAGCUUUCGUUUGUGGUCAUUAACUACUUCACCUUCUUCUUCUUCUUUGCAUGCUUCUAAGAAUUCCAUACCCUCUUCAUCAUCAUCACCAAUUCCACCUUUGAUUGUAAGUAAACUAAAAUCAGCUAACAGAAACAAGAUCACAUGUUGUUCUGCUGUUCAAGAAUCAUCUACUACUACAGCAGCUACUUCUGAAACAAAGGAGUCCGAAACAAAAGAGGUAAAGGCGGCAGCGCCAAAGGCCGAACCGGCGAAGAAGCCUCCGGCUAAAGCACCAUCCAAGCCGCUACCUCAGAUGAUGGAGGAGGAUGUGAUCCCUUCACUUAAAGAAAUACUUGAAGCUCAAGAAGAUCUUUCUGAGAUUGAGUUGGUCUUUAAGGACAAUAAGUUAGAAGGUUCAUUCUUGAAAAACGGAAAUCCAUAUUCAUUUUGGGCCUUCUUUCCCACUGGCAUAACUGGUCCAAAGGGGUUUUCAUUGUCUUCAUAUAACUCAGGACCAAGCACUGUUGAGCCAUUUCUUGUUGAUGAAAAGAAAGUUACUGCAAAACUCAUAAUCUUCUGGGUUGAGAAACGUUUGGCAGCACAGGGUAUCAUUCCUGUAUGGAAAGAAUGAUUAAUAUCUUCAAAAUAGUGAAAAUUUUUCAUUUUCAUUUUGGUUGCAAAGUGAUGUAACAGACAAUUUAACAUUCUAUUGUCCCUUGGGCCUUGGCUUAAUAAAAAACUAUAUUGUAUA